UCCCAGGCCCGAGGCUUUGGCGGCUCUAGCGGACGGAGCCAUGGCCCGAUGGACCGCCCUGGUGGUGCUGGCUGCGGUGGGCACGGCCGUGGCGGUGGCCACCAAUCCCGGCUUCGUGGCCAGGAUCACCCAGAAGGGCCUUGACUACGCCUGCCAGCAGGGAGUGAUCGAGCUGCAGAAGGAGCUGGAGAAGAUCAAGAUCCCCGAUAUCUCAGGAAAGUUUAAGAUCAAGCUUUUAGGGAAAGGGAGUUAUGAAUUCUACAGCAUGGCUAUCCGCAGAUUCCAGAUGCCCAGUUCCGAGAUAAGACUGGUGCCCAACGUGGGCCUUCGAUUCUCCAUCAGCAACGCUGAUGUCGAGAUGAAUGGAAAAUGGAAGGCACGGAAGUUCAUCAAAAUCAGUGGCAAGUUUGACCUGAGAGUGGACGGCAUAUCCAUUUCCGCUGACCUGAAGCUGGGCAGUGACCCCGCCUCUGGGCACGUCACCGUUGCCUGCUCCAGCUGCACCAGCCACAUCAGCGGCGUCCAUGUGCACAUCUCAGGCGGCAGCUUGGGGUGGCUGAUCCAGCUUUUCCACAAAAAAAUCGAGUCUGCACUCCGAAACAACAUGAACAAAAAGAUAUGUGCAACAGUGACCAGUGCUGUGUCCUCCAAGCUGCAACCUUAUUUCCAGACUCUGCCAGUGACAGCCAAAAUAGAUGCCGUGGCUGGGAUUGAUUACUCGCUGGUGGCCCCUCUGACAGCCACAGCCGACUACCUGGAUGGGAAGCUGAAGGGGGAGUUCUUCAGGCUGGCCGGCCGCACCCCAUCCCCCUUCACCCCGCCCGUGCUGGCCUUUCCCAUCGACCACGACCGCAUGGUGUACCUGGGCAUCUCUGACUACUUCUUCAACACCGCUGGCCUUGUGUACCAUGAGGCCGGAGCCCUGCAGCUGACCCUCACAGACGAUGCGAUUCCAGAGAAGUCCAGAUUCCAACUGACAACUGAGAUGCUUGGAACCUUCUUACCACAGGUGGCCAGGAUGUUCCCCAACAUGAAAGUGCAGCUGCUCUUGGCCGUCUCCUCCCCACCACGCCUCACCGUGAGCCCCGAAGGCCUGGCCUUCAUCCCCGACCUGGAGGCCCGGGCCUUUGCCGUCCUCCCCAACUCCUCCCUGGCCCUCCUCUUCCAGCUUGGCAUGCACACAAACGUUUUUGUGGAGGUCGGUGCCAGGUCUGACAGGAUCAUUGGAAGGCUCACGCUGGGCAGGCUGUCCCUGGAGCUGAGGCACUCGAAUGUUGGCUCCUUCUCGGUUGAACUGCUGCAGGCUCUCAUGAACUAUUUUGUGCCUGAGAUUGUGCUUCCCAAGGUUAACGAGAGGCUGCAAAAAGGCUUUCCUCUCCCGCUGCUCGCCCGCCUCCAGCUCUCCAAUCUGGUGCUUCGGCCUCACCAGAAUUUCCUGCUGUUUGGAGCAGAUGUCCACUACGGCUGAAGUCGCUGGGGACACUGGGUCUGUCAGCUGCAUGGGGGGUGAGGGCUGCCAGUGCCUGCUCCCAAGAGGCCUGAGGGACACAGGCAGUCUUUCUCCAGUCGUUUCUCUCUAGAUCUUUACGAAGAAACCCUUGCAAACUUCUCCAAACUCAGAUUCUGGAAUGAUCUAAACAUGGGAACCUUGUUCAUUGGGAAAAUGUGUUAAGGAUUAUGAGCUUUUCUCAAGAGCUAAGGCUGCACAAACAUUUACUCCAGAAAUGCAUUUCAUAUCCUUUUUGUGCUUCACCAUAAAAAAAACAAAACAAAACAAAACUUUUUUUUCUCUGUGGAA